AUGGCGACAGUGAGGCCGGUGGCUCUCAAAGCGGCGCUCACACGCCACGGUAGGUGGUUGCCUCCGCCGUGGGCGCUGCUCUGCCGACCAAACACCGCCGUGCGAGCAUUCUCCUCCGUCAUGUCUCCUCCGUCCACGGCUGUCGUCUACGACGACCAUGGCCCUCCGGAUACCGUCUGCAAAGUGAAAGAACUCCCUCCCUUACAGAUAAAGGACGAUGAUAUCUGCGUCAGAAUGCUCGCCGCUCCUAUCAACCCCUCUGAUAUCAACAGAAUCCAAGGAGUUUAUCCUGUGAGGCCGCCGGUGCCAGCCGUUGGUGGCUAUGAGGGGGUAGGAGAGGUAUAUUCCGUAGGCUCUGCUGUUAAGGGACUUAGCCCUGGUGAUUGGGUCAUCCCCUCUCCACCUUCUUCAGGCACAUGGCAGACAUACGUUGUCAGAGAUCAAAAUGUAUGGCACAAAAUUGAGAAAAGUACACCUAUGGAGUAUGCUGCGUCCGUUGCUGUAAAUCCUUUGACUGCCCUGAGGAUGCUUGAGGACUUUGUGGAUGUAAAAUCAGGAGAUGCUAUUGUUCAGAACGGUGCUACUAGCAUUGUGGGGCAAUGUUUAAUUCAGCUGGCUCGGGAUCGAGGCAUCCAUAGCAUUAACAUUAUCAGGGACAGGGCAGGAUCAGAUGAAGCAAAAGAAAAGCUCAAAAAUCUUGGUGCUGAUCAAGUGUUCACAGAGAGCCAACUGGAAGUGAAAAAUGUUAAAAAUCUUCUGGCUGAUAUACCUGAACCGGCUCUGGGAUUUAACUGUGUUGGUGGAAAUGCAGCUUCAUUGGUUCUUAAAUUCCUAAAGCAGAGUGGAAUUAUGGUUACAUAUGGGGGAAUGUCAAAGAAACCUAUAACUGUCUCAACUUCAUCUUUCAUAUUUAAGGACCUUUCCUUGAGGGGAUUUUGGUUACAGAAAUGGUUGAGUUCUGACAAGGCAAAAGAGUCCAGGGUUAUGAUUGAUUACCUUUUGAGCCUAGCUCGUGAGGGUAAAUUGACAUACGAGAUGGAGCUUGUGCCGUUUAACCAAUUUCAGUCUGCCUUGGACAAGGCCCUUGGUAAGCUAGGAACUCAACCCAAACAAAUAAUCAAAUUUUGA